AUCCCGAGUCAGAGGGCACGCAAACCGGCGCCAUGGUCGAGAUGCACCGUCAAGAGUAUAGUCGCAUUUUCAAAGGGCGCGUUCAUGGAGGCUACGAGAAGAUUACAGAUCUACUGGGACGACCGAAUCGAGUGCUGCCUGGCGUCAAGUUUUCCUUUCCGAUUAUGAAGCUUGAUCAUCGCGGUAGACCUAAACCUGUGAAGGGCCUAUCUUGGGGAGGAGCAAGGCGUGGAAAGGCAUUUUCCCUCCAGCGCCAGGAAGGUGGGCUCGGGCUGAGGGCCGGCUCCGAGUCAGCAGACCGUGAUGUGGUGGAUGCUGUUACGGAUCCACCUAAUCCAAUGGCGCAGGACAACGCCGACUGUCGAGCAGCCGAUCAGGAGUGCAUACAGUCUACCCCCGUCAACACACCGCUGCCAGCACCGACGCCAACGGCGACAACAGGCAUGCCAGAGGACAU